CAUCACUAAGAUCCUGAAUAUGCAGUUAUGUUUUUGUUCACAUGGAAUCUCAUGCAUGCAGAAUCUCCUUAACCAGAUAAAGAAUAUACCAGCUCUUCCUUCUGAGGAUGUGGUCAAUCUUUUGGAACUGGUCCUUAAUACUUUAAAGAAGAUUUCUAGCUCAUCUUUAGGUGACCCAAAGAAACUGGUGUCACAAGGAAACCUCGUAUUAAAAGUCAUUGAGAAGCUCGUCUCGGUGUUGGUGAAGCCAACAAACACUUCUAACUGUGUUUAUUUCACUCUUGAUUUUGUAGAGGCACUGAUCUACAUGGUUGGACCACAGAUGACCUCAAAUAAAAUCCUUCAGCUCAACAGAACAAAUGCUUUUAUGGACAUUGAUCUCAUUGGGAUUGCCAAGAAUAACCUUGAUACAAAAUCAGCUGCUGUGGCUUUCAUGAGCUACAUCACAAUGGAGAAUCUACUGAAGGCAGAAUUUUUCAACCCAUCAACUGCAGUAAAGAAAACCAUGAUGUCUACUGUCAUCUCAGCUAUUCUUCUUAAUGCCACAAACACACAGCUCACAAAACCAGUCAACUUCACCAUCAAACACAUCAGAGAGUUUGUCUCCGGAAACAGUCUGUUCUGUGUGUACUGGAAAAACACUGAGUGGAUUGUAGACGGUUGUUCUGUUUUAGAGACCAACAGCAACUACACUGUGUGUUCAUGUGUUCAUCUGUCAACAUUCGCUCUCAUCAUGCAGACCAGCAGCAGCCCACCAGAGGAUGAUCAGCGGAUGAAUCUGUUGAAUGUGGUGGCUGUGAUCGUGGGUCUGGUGUUUACUAGUUUAGCUCUGUUGACUUUUGCUUUCUGUCGAUGGAAACCUGGAGUGAACAAUGUCCCUCGAAUCAACCUCUGCAUCAGUCUGCUGUCGGCUCAUCUUCUGUUCUUACUCACACAACAGUUCCUCAAGCACAUAAAGACUCACCAGGUGUUGUGUGGUGUGCUGUCAGGAUUUCUUCACUUUCUCUUUCUCUCCUGCUUUGUGUGGAUGUUCAUUGAAGCUGUGCUGCUCUACAUCUGUGUGAAGAACCUAUUACAGAUCAGCUUCGGUCAGAGGGCGGUGCUUAGCAGCAGAUUCUUGAUUGUGAUUGGAUAUGGGAUUGUUCUUGUUAUUGUGUGCAUAUCUGUUGGUCUGGUUCCUGGAGGCUAUGGCAGUGACAAAUGCUGGCUGAAAGAGGAGAAAGGCUUCAUAUGGAGUUUCCUGGGACCUGUUUGCUUCAUUCUGGCAUUAAACACGAUUCUCUUCAUAAGUAUGAUCAUUACUCUGAAUUCAACCCUCACAAAGCUCAACGCUGAAGUUUCACGGAUAAAACAAACCAGGAUUUUGGUUUUUAAAACAUUGGCUCAGUUUGUGGUUCUUGGUUGUCCCUGGAUUCUGAGUUUCUUUACCAAACACAGUAAGAUGAUGGAGAUUCUCUUCGUGAUCCUGAACUCACAGCAAGGCACCUUUAUCUUCCUGAUCCACUGUGUCCUCAAUAAUGAGAUCAGACGGCAGUAUGUGAAGUGGAUGAGAGCUCUUUUCCAAAACCAUCCAAAAUAAUCUUGAAAAGCAGAGAGGAAUGAUUUGAUUUCAUCAUAGCUGGAGUCCUUAACUUUAUUAGAUAAGCAAAAAACAGCUCAAAACAUACCUGUUCCGCAUUUAUUUGACUAACCAAUAACUCUGUAUGUCUGUCAAAAAAAAUAUCUUGUUGUUCAUUCUCUCCUUUGCUUACUCCAGCUUUAAUCCUCCUAGUAGCAUGGCCUUGUAAACUAACGGUACUGUUUAGCGUGUUGACAAAAUGUUUAUAUGCUCUUGUGGCGAACCACAAGUAAUAUGAGAGGAGACAUUCACCAAGGUACUGUACCUUUAAGGGAGGGAGGAGUUAGUUGUGUUGUUCCUGUUUUGUGAUGUGUGUGCUGUGGUUUUACUUGACUCGCUGUUCGCUGUGAGAGUUAUAUUAAAGUGGAGA